CUUUAAUAUCUAAACCUAGCGAUAUCGGCGGUCUUGACAGUUUCACAGGGUUUUGGUUUUCAAGCGGCUGAUUUUGUCGUUGAACGGGUCUACGCUCUUUCAGUUCCUCCACUUCGAACAUCUGAUGUCCAACCAGCGGUCCAGAUUGCUUAAUAAACGCCCAAUAUCUUUGUGUCGGGCCCUGUUUCUUUGAAUUCAAUCCGAAUCCGGGCUCUCUCUGAUGUCAUACCAAUUGUAAUAAUCCCGAAGUGGACCACAUCCUUGCCACGGACCUGAUGUUCAAUCAAAAUGACCGGACCUUCGGAGGAGGGCAAGGCCACCACCGGUAUGGCAUGCAGCAUACGCAUCUGCAAAAUCUAGGCGGCGUACAUCAACAUCAAAACUUUCCCCACGGAAGCCAUGCACGAGGACAGAACAGUGCCCAUCGGUACACCUCGUCCGGGACACCGCUGAGUUUGGCUCACCAAUAUGAUCGACACGCCCAUGAGGAGCCGUCCGGUAGUCAUAUUGAAGAGCUGGACGAAUCGGGCAAUGAACAGUGGAAAGAGCAUAUAAAGGCCUACAGGGAGUACAUGCAAUCCGGAACCCCACAUUACCACGCCAAAACCUUUGCGAGGAGACCGCCUCCAGAUAUCGUGAAGGUCAAUGCUGCGGAUGAGGAUAAUGAGGACCCUGAUGACCGAAGUCGGGCAGCCAUUGCAAAACCGAAAGAGCGGUCAGCCUGGGCUGGUCUGGAUUUAUCAGGCCAAGGACUUCGACUUCUCUCAUCCGCGUUGUUCCGGUUCGAAUUCCUGGAAGAGCUUCACCUGGACCACAACAAGCUUGUUCGGAUCCCCCCUGAGAUUGGUCGCUUGAAGAACCUGAUCCAUCUGGACAUCUCGAAUAACCUUCUUGUUGAGCUUCCCGGGGAGAUCGGCCUGCUUAGCAAUCUUCAAGAGCUGCUCUUGUUCGACAACAGCCUCGAACAUCUUCCGGUCGAGAUUGGUUACCUCUUCCGGUUGCGGAUCCUAGGGAUCCGUGGCAACCCCAUCGACCAUGACGUUGGUCCUGAGAUCAAAGAGGCCGGCACGGAGAAUUUGAUUAAGUACUAUCGGAACAGGAUCACGCCGCCCCCACACCCCGACCGGGACUGGAUCGGUUUCUUUGAAACGUCCGACCAAUCUCAAGAAACCUUCACCGCACUCUCCUACAACAUCCUCUGUCAACGAGCCGGCACUUCCGCACAUCACGGCUGUGUCCCGGAUAAAGCCCUUAGCUGGGACUACCGCCGCGACUUAAUCCUUCGCGAACUCGAAAACUUCGAAUCCGACUUCAUCUGCCUCCAAGAGUUCGACGCUAUCACACACGAAGACUUCCGCCAAAGGCUAAGGGAGCUCGGCUACGCAUCAUACUACUCACAGCGAACCCGCUCACGCUACCUCAACGGGGAGCAAGCGCGUCUCGUCGACGGGUGCGGCACGUUCUGGAAGACCGACAAAUACAUCAGCUUGGCGUCCGAGACGCUGCGAUUCGGCGAGCUGGGCCUUAAUGACCAAAGCGUUAAGAAAUCUGCCGACUAUAUCAACCGGGUAUGGCAAAAGGACCACAUCGCACUGGUCAACCUGCUCGAAAACCGCGUUACCGGUACGCGGCUCAUCCUCGUCAACGCGUACAUCUUCUGGAACCCGAAGUUCAAGGACGUCAAGCUCAUCCAGGUCGCCGUGCUCCUCCGCGAAAUCACCCAACUCGCCGAACAAUGGGCGGACCUCCCUCCCGUCCGCGACAAGCGGUCCCGUCCCUCCGACGUCCCCGAUGCACCCGAUGCCCCCGACCAGGAGUUCGCUCCGUCCAGCAAAUAUACCAACAGCACCGACAUCCCCCUCGUCAUCUGCGGCGACUUCAACUCCGAGCCCACAUCCGCCGUCUAUGAUCUCGUGGCGCGCGGCUCCCUCCCCGCGCACCACGACGACCUCGACGGACGCGACUACGGGCCCUUCUCGACGGCCGGCAUGUCGCAUCCACUCACCCUAAAAUCCGCAUACGGCGCCGUCGGCGAGUUGCCGUUCACGAACUACACGCCGGACUACCAAGGGGUGCUCGACUAUAUCUGGUACAGCAGCAACACGGUGCGGGUGAAGGGGCUGCUGGGCGAGGUGGAUCGGGAGUAUCUGAGGAAGGUGCCCGGGUUUCCAGACUGGAACUUUCCUAGCGAUCAUUUGCCGUUGGUGGCGGAGUUUGCGGUGACGCCGCGGCGGAAGGGCGCGGGGAAGAUGUAGUGAGCGGGCGUAGGGUGCUUUCUUGCCCUCCUUUGGGAUUGUUUUGUCAUUUAGCUGUGCCUGAGUGCGGUCGUUUGGGGUUUGGGGUUUGAACUUGAUGAAGGGACUUAUGUAUGGAUUAGCGUUUCUUUCCUAUGACUCAGAUAUUGUAUCACAACCGCGUUUCUUGAUAGAAUGCAAUGUAUAUGCUCUACAAGCUCGUUAAUUCUUUGUAUUUGGUAG